AUGGAUAACAUGGCUUCUCUCAAAGAUACUCUUACCGCCUCUGGAGGCGCGGAAUCUGCCGGAUUCCUUAACGACAUCGUCGCCCAGCUGUGGCCCAACAUCAACGUCGCAGGCGGCAAGAUCAUCAAAGAUGUCGUCGAACCCAUGCUUGACCAGAUGCUGCCAGGUCCUCUAGCGAACCUCCGCUUCGUCAAGCUGGACUUUGGACCUACACCCAUCAGAUUCUCAAAUGUUGACGUGCAUAAGACCGAACUCGAGGGCAUCAAACUUGAUAUGGACUUGGAUUGGGAUGGCAAGUGCGAUUUCGAGCUUGACGCGUCGAUGGUGCCCAAGAUUGGUAUCGAACAUGUGAAGAUGAAGGGACGACUCUCCAUUUUGCUUUGUCCUUUGACAAACGUUAUUCCACUGAUCGGAGCUGCUCAAGUGGCUUUCAUUAACCCCCCAGAGCUGUCCCUCGACUUCACUGACGCCGCCAACAUCGCUGAUUUCUCCUUGAUUGACAAGACCGUCCGCAAGGUCAUUCUCAACAUCAUCUCUUCCAUGGCCGUCCUCCCCAACCGCUUCCUCGUCAAGCUCGACUCCUCCAACGACUACUUCAAGACCUUCCAGCCCCACCACGGUGUUCUUCGCCUCACCGUCGAUAAUGCAACUGAGAUUACUGGCGAAAAGAAGAGCGGCGCCAAGAGACUUCUUCAGAAGCUUGUCAAGGAUAUUCCCGACUGCUACUGUGAUGUCAACGUCGGUGCUGAGGGAGAGUGGCGAACUUCUACUAUUAAGAAUAAACACGACCCCCAGUGGAACGAGACUCACGACUUCCUUGUUACAGAUUACGAGCAGCGCAUCACUAUCGAUGUGAACGAUGAAGAUCUUGGUGGUGAUGACGAUAUUGGUAUUGCUACGACAACUGUCAAGCAACUUCUCUUAAACGGCGGAAGCCAAACCCUCACCCUGUCUCACAAGGGCCAGCCCCUCGAGACCAAGGUGACUAUCCACGGCAAGUUCUUCAACUUUGUCGGUGAGUCCAACAGCAUUUCCGCCAGCAGCCAAAACGAGGGCGAAAUCUGCGGUCUUGCCACAGUCCUUAUCGCCAGCGUCAAUGGCCUCAACGGCCAGCGCGACGAGCUCAAGCCCAGCGUCAAGGUCACAUGGGGCGACAAGGAAUUCGUCACUCCCGUCAAGAGCUACAGCCCCGGAACGGAUAUAUUCAACCCAUCCUUCGACACAGCAUUCCGAUUCCCUAUCACCGCGGGACAGCUUUCUAACCCGCACAGCUUCAAGCUUAGCUUGCAGAAUGGUACGAACGAGCAGGGCUCGGUCGAUAUUCCUUUUGAUAGUGUGACUGGUGCUGAUGGCAUGAACCGUGAGGAGGAGUUUGAUGUUGGAUCUGGUGCUACUGUUCGAGCUCGCUUUUCUAUCCGUGGAUUGCAGCUCGCUGAAUGA